AAGACUUCACUACCCAGAGUUCCCCAGUAGGGAAACGCCAGCUCUAAGAAUCUACGGAAGCCCAGGAGCUGCUUUUAGGCACGUUUGCACUUCGCGCUGGCGAGGUAGCUUGGAGAGUGGGUUUGCAGAGGGAAGAGAAACGGCGCAGGAACGCGCUCACUGCUAUCUGACACGCGUCUCCAUCCCCGGGCGCAUCAGCGUCAAUCUGCAGCGCACGAUUUCACAUGUUCUGACAUUUAAGCGGUUUCAUUCAAGUGUAGCAACGACAACAGACGCUUUUUUCAUAUGGUAUCCUUUUUUCAAUUUAGAGGCUUUUUUUUUCCCUUUCACCAGAUGUUGAUAGAGAACAGCUUGGUUCACCGUCGCAAGACGGCAGACAGCCGAGUGGGAGAUGCCCGAAAGCGGUCAGACAGUGGAGCGCGUUCUGCGCGCGGGCACCUGUGAGGCUGAAGCGGCUGCGUGUCCCGGUGUUUUGGCGGUGAUCGGUGUGAUUGGUGUCGGUGCGCGCGUGAGGAGCUCAGCGGCGCCGCUGCAGCAGCGCAGAGCGUGAAGUGCGUUCGCCUCCCGCUUUGGUCACCAUGGCGACCUUUAUUAAAGAAAAUUUAGAAGGCCACCCCAGCUGGAGACUUCUGAUUGGCAGAGAGGAGAGAUACAGCAUGACCUUGGUGGUAGCUGUCAAAACAGUCAUGUCUCUGCCAUCUUACGUACAGUGCCAUUGUCCUGCAUGUUUCAGAAAGACUCAAGAUGCUACAGAUGUAACAAACUGGCAGGGUAGCAUUGCCAUGGAAACAUGCGAUUUGUGAGUGAGAAGAGAAUCAGUUGAGAGAAUCUAGAAAAAGGGAUAACACAAUAUAUGACCAUAGCAACACAAAUGAUAAGCGUUGCUGGAUAAUUUUCAAGGACUUUACUCCUGAAAUUUGAAGCCUUCGUUUACUGACAGUCUUGCACUCAGAUGUGCUGAGCAAGAAACAACAAGUUGAGAAAGAGAGACUUGCCUUUGGGUCUACCACUGCACAUUAACAAAGCAUAGGCAGAUAUUUACUGUCUAAAUUAUUUAAGUGAAUUAGUGCAAUCUAUCAAAUUAAGCGGCAAUGAGUCGACUGUCAGGCCGUCUGCGUUCUGGAAGCGUGCGUUUGGUUUGUGAAGCCCUGAGUGGGGAGGACUGCAGUGAAGGUGAAGGCUCCUGGAUUGGAGAUAUGGGGGCUGGGGUCACUUCAGCAGGGACAAGUAGCUCUGACCCAGUUGCUUCACCGCACUAUAGAUUGUUUUCACCUCCUUCACUUGCUAAUGGUCUGCGUAAUCAUGACGACCAGUUUCAGCGCAGAGCAAGGAGACGAAGACAGAUGGACCAUGUGGAACAAACGCACAUGCAUGAACAAAUUCACAUUCAGUCACACACACGCCCACAGAUGCACAUACACCAACAAUCACUUUCGCAACAACAGAGCACUCACACAGAACACUCCAAUACACAUUUACAAUCUCAAAUGAACAUUCAAAUGGAUACCCAUGUGCACACUGAGAGAGAUGUAAUGAUGCACAAGCAUACACAUACAGAGAUGGUCGGAUCUUCAACUGUGGAAGGAGACGCCUCUCUUGUUCCAGAGGAUCUGUCUAUAAAUUCAAAAACUGAAACAUAUACUUCCCUUGUCCAUUCAGCCCAUCCACUACAUACCAACCAACUCUCACAAAACUACUCGAACCUUCAGCGAAGCCCUGCUUCUACAAAUAAGGUAGAUUCUGAGAAACCCUCUGAUUCCAGUAAACCGGAGAGAAAUCCCUUAACUAGCUCUGAAUUAGGUCAUAGUUCUGGUACAAGCCACAAUCUUGUUAACACCCCUAUGGAGGCUGAGAGGAAGUAUACCCUGAGGAGUUCUGGUCGGCCACGUUUCCCCUGCCACCUUCGCAAGUCAUCUCGUUUACGCAGGGUUGCAGAGGAUAAUGUAAUGAAAAGGGAGGUAGAACAAAAAGAGGCAGAGGAGGAUAGGAACAUCUGGAGAGGAGAAGAGAUAAGACCAAGGGAAGAGUGUACUCUAGAAGUGGCUGUGGCUACUUCAUCCCUUGAGGUUUCACCAGCUUCAAAUAAUUCAAAUCGUAUGGUGCCAAAUCAUUGGAAGGCAGCAAGUGAAGGCAGCACUAUGAUUCAGAAUUCACAGAGAGGUAAACAGCGAGGUCCUUUUUUAGGUGUGAGAAAGAUAGUGGUAAAAAUUGCAAGAAUCCCUGUGCAUCUUAGUAGACGACAGAAAAGCUAUAAGAUCUCCUCUCUGGAGCCUGUGGCAGUGGGGUCUCAUGGGGAAGGGUGUACUGUAGGAGAAGCACCAGAAGGGGGAUCUGGUCUAGAGAUGGGUGCACAUAUUUCAAGGGAACCCACUGCACUUCUUCGAAUGAAAAACAAUGGAAAGAGUGUAAUGGUGAUGUUUCCUCCAGGAGAGCUACCAGUCAUCUUAAAACGGCGAAGAGGACGGCCCCCUAAACAGGCUUUACCAGGUCAGCCUGACAUGCAUGAGACUAGAGCUGGGGCUGCAAGUGCUGCAGAGCCCAAGAAACCCAGGCGGCGUCGGAGAGUAAAGCUACCUUCCCCUCUGCCCUCGUAUGUUAAUGACACCAAUGAUGUUAAAGUGGAAUACGCAGAUGUUCUCUCCAAACUGGCCUUUUUAAACCGCCAACCUCCCAGUACUGGCCGCUGCUCCCCACCACGCUGUUGGACUCCAACCGAACCUGAGACCUUCCAUACAUCUCCAGAAAACCCAAAUCUGUCAACGCUACUGCAUCGCCUCACAGGUUUCCGUAGGCGAGGUGGACGUGCAGGUUGUAUGGGAGGGAGGGGAGGGGGUAUGACAGGGUGCUCUGAGGCUUUUAAACGAUCCUUCAGUGAUUUCUUUGAGACAAUUGGCAAAAAGCGCAAAGUUCCUCUGUCUGAACCAGGAGCUCCACGAAAAAGGGGGAAAGGACUUAGUGUUGGAAUGAAGAGGGCAGCAUUGAAUGAGCAAGGAAGCCUGGUCACUGGGGAAAAGAUUAGAAAGCGGCGUUCACGAAAGAAUGGAACAUUAAAAGGUGGUCAGGGAGUUCUGGAUCAAGACUGGCAAAAUGGAAAUAUUGGAUGGGGAGACAAGUGUUCAGAACCAGGUAGUUACCAGGGCUCAGGUUCACCUCGUAGAAGCUUUCCAUCAUCUGAAACUAGCAAAGGUGGAGUGUACCAUAGCCCUGGAAUGAGAGGAACUGGCAGUGCAGAGGAAUGUCAAGGAAUGUUUGCAGGAUAUUUUCGUUCUUUACUUGAUUCAGAUGACUCCUCAGAUUUGCUGGACAUCUCUAUGUCCAGUCCUACAGGACAAGAUUCUCGUAAAAUCACUCCAGGAUAUGAGGGCAGCAGUCCAGGUGCAGCCCAUUGCUGGUCUCCUGCUUUCCCGAAAAGAAGCCCUAAAGUAGCAACAUGUACUGGGGAGGGAGGCCCCCUUUCCUCAAACCAAUCUCAUAGCAGCUCUGCAACUAGGACCCCAUAUUUAUACAGUGUGUCCCAAACAUCCCCAACCACUUCUUUUCCAAAAUCUCCUGCUCUUUCCCUCUCUCGCUCACCCAGUUCUCCUCAUCCUUCCUCUGGUUGUUUUACCCAAUAUCCCUCCACUUAUAGUGGAAGUAUGCCUCAAGGCGCAGGCGUUUGCCCAGUUACUCAGCCACAGAACAGAUCAAGUGACUGCAGCUUUGCCUAUGGCACCAAAACUUCAACACCACGCCAUAUUAAUUAUUCAAAUUAUCAAGCCCCUACCAAGCGACAUUAUAGUGCAUAUCCUGGGUCUACCCAUGUCCCUAUGCAGCAGAGUGAGUCUACUGGGCCAUCAUCUCCAAGUGGAAGUUACAUGUCAAUAUCAAAGACUAGCUCUUUCUCCUCGUCCUCAUCUCCCCCUGAAGGUUCUAGACAAUAUCAGUGCUCUGCUCCUUGGGGUUACAGGCAAGGGGGAUCUACCUGGGGUGGUGAUGGAUUUGGUACUCAUCAGUUUCAUGGCUACUCUGACUAUGGAAUCAGUGGAACAAGCUCUGAGUCCAAAGACAUCCUAGACAUUUCAAAUUAUACACCCCAAAAGGCAAAGCAGCGUCCUUGCCCUGACACCUUUUCAGAAUCUUCAUCUGAUUCUUCCCACACAGGGAUAGGAAGCAUGGGGGGGACAUUCUGUCCCAGGGAUGCACCAGUGUCAGAGGGGCAGUCAAGCCUGUCAAGCCUGGAGAAGCUGAUGUUAGAUUGGAAUGAAAAUUCUGCAGGCCCCUCAUAUAACUGGAGUCAGAAUGUCUUGUUUCAAGGAGGGACAAAACCAGGCAGAGGACGAAAGAAACGGUCUGAGGCACAGAAUGAGAAGGAAACAGGCCAUAUACCACCAGGAUCACCUGCAAGCCCUCCAGUGCAUGGAGGUGGACCAAAGCGUAGUGCUUCUGCUGGCCGACAGACUAGGGGGAAUAGGGGAAGGGGAGGCUUUUCCCCUUGCCAAAGAGAGCGAUCUUUACCACCAAAGCCAAAACUUCAAAAGCAUGCAGUCCCCCCAGCAGCAGGGCAAAUCACUUCAUCAGGGGUAAUAUACCAGGAAACAUUAGAUUAUUACAGUGGAGAUAGUAGUAGCCUUUCACCUCUAAGCCAUGCCCCUGAGCUCUGUGAAUACCCCUCUCCCUACUCUGCCCAUACCUCUACUCCAUCUUCUGAUGAACGUUUUGCCCAUAUUUACCCCUCAGACUCUGCCUCUCUUUCUCCAAGCCUGUCAGUUCAGUCAGAUAUCCUAAAACAGCACCCUAAACCUACACCUCCCCCACAGACAUAUGGACAUACUACCAGGACAUUCAGCCCUACACUAUCCCCUAGUCCCCGCCUUCCACCACAGUGUAGCUCAGCCAUGAGUCCACACCGUGUGCCAAAGGACCAAUUUCAACAGUAUGACUCACCCAGUUACAGUAGCUCUCCUUGCUGGUAUGGGCAAAGUGGGAGUGUUGCUCAUAGUCCCCAGAACUAUGAAGAGCUGCGCUCAACUGCUAUCACUAUGCCCUCACACAAACGGGACAUGUCUCUAAUUAGCCCAGGGAUGAGAGCACCAUCCCAGUCUCCUUAUACUACAACUUUAGUCCGAGGACAUACUAUGUCCUCUUCUUGUGUGGGUGGGAGUCAAGACUCUUCUCCCCAGCAUGAGGAGCUGGGUUAUCAUGGUAAUAUGGACACCUAUGCACCAGUAGGGAACCGUUUUGUGUCCCAAAGUUCCCGAGGGGGGGUUCUCUGCCAACUGUUGGAUCAACCCAGUGAUGAAGGCUUCACUGUCACCAGCCUGUAGUUAGCAUUAUUGCACCAUCCGAAUAAAGAUGAUUUGGACUACACCAUUUUCAUAUUUCUAAUAUUUUAUAAGAAUGUGAUGUUACAGAAGAAACUUGUUAGAUAUGAUUAAGGAGAUUUGGAAUUGCGGACUAAAAGAUGAUUUCUUCAGCAGUGACAAUCAAGACAAACAUGCACAUACACAAACAAUCACACACAAACACACACACACACACACACAAAACUGAAACAGCACAUGCAUACAGAGCUAAAUGCUCCUUACAUGCACAAGACAAGUUGUGAAGCUUGGGUGGAGUUGUUUUUUUCUGGAUGGACGGACUUACUGCUAAUGUCAACUAAAAGGACUCCUUCAGUGAACUGCAGAAAUCCUCAGAAUGCAAAUAUUACUCAUUUUAACAAAAAUCCAGAUAUGCCUGCUACAGUUGUUCAAUUUGACAUGAGAGAUCAUGCAAAAGGUUUUUGGACUUCACACUGAUCUCUCUGUUUUUCCUCUCCUCUGAUUCUCUUUCUGUGUCUAUCUGUCUCUUCUAGUCUCAACAUCAUCUCUGGCCAUGUCAAUAGAGGUUAAUUACUUACUUCCCAGAAUCUACCACCUUUGCAGGGUUUUUGAUAGUGACCCUGCACCCUACACAGACUUUAUCCCCUUAUCCCACCUUAUGUGCUGUCUGCUCCAAAAUACCAGCAUCUGUACAUAAGUCACACCAACCAACUCAACUCCAGAAAUAACAAUGCAAUGACAUAAAUAACUGAAGUAUAGCAAUUACAGAAGUGAAGAAAGUUUUGUAAAGGCUGUAAAUUUAUUACAGAUUAUCAUGAGAAUGUUAUGGAAUUUUUGUUAUGACAUGUAAGACGUGAUGUCAAUUUAUAAGUGACUUUAAAUGGUUCCACUUGAUGCUGUGCAAAUAGUUACUGCAAUCCUUUUGAGCAAGGGUGGUUUUGUCCAAUAGAGUUUGACUGAAUCAAAUGCCUUCUUCCCUGUUCUUGAUCACGGCCUGCAGCAUGGUCAUACCCUGCCCAACACCCAGUUCUUGUCUCUGUUUUUUUUUUCUGUCAGGAAGACAGACACUCAUGCACUGACCCCAAAGAUGCUGCUCUGGCAAAGGUGCUGAGAGGCCAGUCUUUCUGAGCAUGGAGGUCUGGAACUCAGGGUGUGGACAAUGCCUAAUCUCCUACUCAUACUGCUCCCCCUCCUUUUUUCUCUCUCCACUGUUCCUAUUUCUUGUGGUCUGCUGUGUCGUACAGUGAUUUUUUUGUGAUGAAAUACUGUAUCUGUCUGUUCCAUAUACUGUAUCUAAGGUGGGAAUAUUUAAAUACACAUUCUGUUCUUAUCAUUGCGUAACUCUGUCCAGCCUCUGCUCUGUGGAGUGUAGAGUGGUGUGAGAAUGUUACACAUUAGAUAAGGCAGACAAAACAGAGAUUUAAAAAAAUACAAAUUAUAUGAUUACAGUUUCAUUUAUAAAAUUCACAUCAGUAAGCAAUCUAUUAUUUCUACAGCAAUCGGGUUGUAAUAAGGCUGUGAUAUAGUUAGUACUGUAGUAGGUGGGACAAUGGGUAUGGUGGCCCAUAAGUACAAAAGACAUUACCAAAGCAAAAACA